UCAAUUCGGGACAUACCACAGAUCAAUGAACGGCGAAACAUUCAACUAAAACGUUUUGACACUGCCAAGGAACAUACAUUGCAAAGUGUUGACACAUUCAAAGACUUUCUUUGGAAAGAAUGUCGGUUAGGUGAAUAUAUAAGUGCCUUUUCUAAGUUAAAUGGUGGUGGGUCUUUCUUCCUUGGCAUCAACGAGAACGAAGAACAAUACGGUGCCUACACAUCUAAGACGUUUUCAUCAACUGGCAUAAAAUUCAAAGAUUCGAAUUUUCGUCAAGAGACCGAAGCGGCCAUCUUCCAGUCUUUGCAGGAGAAUACUGUUAUCGUGACAUACAGUGGAGAGCAACUGGAAACUCCUCACAACACUAUUCAAGUUGCAUUCCAUCCCGUAACGGCAGACAGGUUUGUGCUGGAGGUUGCUGUUGCAGCAGUAGAUGGUUUACUGUUUUAUGACAAGGAAGGCCCAGAAGCUUACGAGUAUGAAAAUAGCAGACUGAAGAGGUUAUUGAUCACAGAUUGGUACGAAAGAUUGUGUAUCGAGACUGAUGGCGAUGCUGAAAACUAACAUGGCACUAUCUGAAAAAGACAGUAACCAAUGUUUAGAUGAGAACCUAACGGACCUUCCUGUCGAGAGGGUAGACACAAGGGGCCUGUAUCAGAAGAGGCCUCCCUGCAAGCAGAUUGAGAAAAGUCUUGAGGAUAUUGAAGCCAUGGUUUUGCAAGGAGGCCCAGAAACAAUCAAAAUAUUUCCCAAGAGUUUUCCAGAAGAAGAGGCUUAUACUAAUUUGAAGACAAGACUCAAUGAACUGUCGACAGUGGACAAUGUUGGUCUUGCAUACAUCGCAAAUUCUCUCCCGGUUACUGCUAAUAUGGACAUUAAGUACAAGACUCCCGGAGAAGUUAUUAUGGACGUGUGUCUGUUCAGACAGCGAAGUCCGGCGGUUAUUUUUUCUGUUGUGACAGAUGUAUCCAAGAAUAUGAAACUUAAUCAACGAUACAACUCUGCUGUCUCGAAAAACGUUACAAAGAACGUUCGGAAAUUUACGACCAUGACCUUCAACUCUAUAUACGGGUUAAUGCAUGAGAAAGACCUCAUGUCGAAGGAAACAUUUGAGUCAUCGCUAGCAAGAAUAGAGAAGGAACGAUCUCGCCUCUGUAUUCCUGAUUCUUUGAGUAUGAACAACAAGAAGUAUAAGCAUGUUGUCCGUGCCUUUCUCUCUUCUAUGGCAGCAACCGAGUUUGUUAGUGACGAAAACGAUGAAACUCUAUGGUUUUUGACUCAUAAACAGUUCUGUAUCCUGACAGAGAACAUUGAUCACACUGAAGUGCAUGUUGAUACCUUCCCUGCCAGCGGUGGUCGAGUCCUGUCUCUCACCGUAUGCCAGCGUUUACAGAAACUUGGACGAACAUUGCUCAUAUCAGAUGAUCUCAAACUGAUCGAACGUGCAAGAAACCAUAAUAUUGAUUGCAAGACGUUCAAUGACAUUGGACAAAAGGUUCUGGUGGCUGAAGGAAAUCACUUCCCUUCCAUUGUGAUAUACCAAGGUGAAGAAGAUUGCUCAUCUCAGAGUCCACACCUGCCCAAGCUCUUGUCAAAUGCACAAAAGUGUUGGAUUUUCCAUAGACAGAAAGGAUCGCUUGAGAAGGAAGAUAUGCCCAAAAGUCCUGAAAGUGUGACCCAUUCACCAACACUGCUUGAUUAUGAUGCUGAUACAAUGGACAAAGUUCGUAAUCUUUUAGAUGACAGCUGCGCUGAAAUAGCAAUGGGCACCAAGGACGUCCAUGUAACAUCAGCUGUUGAUGAGGUCAUCAGCAUGUUGGAAGGGAACAAUCAGUGGAUCACAAUCACAGGUCGUCCGGGAGAAGGGAAAACAACCCUUGGGUAUAUGGUUCUGGAGCAGAUGAAGGCUAAAGGAGCGAGAAUUUGUAUCAUUGACAGUCCCAAUGAUUAUGCACUUUUCUCAGCUAACGCAUUGACCAACCACGUGUUUAUGUUCAAGGAUGUUUUGACCUAUGCUACUUGUGACCUACAAACAAGGAAACGAUGGGUUGAGUUUGUCAAUAACUUACAUAAAAGCAUCAAGGGUGAAUGUGACACAAAUGUCUGUUUUAUCCUUAUAUGCAACAAACAUGACGAGGAAUGGAAAUAUUUGGGUGGAUAUGCUAUGGAAAUAUUCUACUGGAAUGUUUUCAACCUAACCGAUCACUUCAGAGAAAAUCCUGAUGAACGGACCAAAGUUCUUACAUACUUUCUGCAUAAAUACCAGAAUACAGACCAAAACAUUGAGACAAAUAUUGCAUGUGCUAAGCAUGGAUUUCUACUCUGCGUUAAACUCUUUUGUGAAUUGCGAAAGACAAUUCAGACAGAACACGUCCAUUCAUUUUUCUCAGAUCCUAUUCUUUAUGUAACGAAUUUAGUCACUGACCACGCACACGACGAAGGAACCAUGACAUUUCUUCGCAGUAUGCUACAACAUGAUGAAUUCACCUCAACAGAAGAAGCUGUUAUUCCAAAGCCCUUGUCGCAAUUUCAUGGUGUAUUCCUACAAGAGGACAAUAACAUAAGGUUCUGUCAUCCAUCUGUUCGCGUGGCAGUAGCAAUGGUAAUGGGAAAGGUAGAUCUACUAUUUGUUCUUCAGAACUGUAGCUCUACCUUUGUCAUUCCACGACUGAAAGUCCAGGCAACAGAAGAGGAGGCAGGAUUCUUAUACGUCAAUGCUGAAAACAAAGAAGUUUUGCGAAAGGUCACAUCUACCUUUGCAUGUGCUUUGCAAGAGGGCUACUUCGAUGUUCUAAGACAUGACAUGCUCCUUGAUGAAACAUUCUUUCAACAAGUGUUGAGAGAAGCUAAAAACACCUCUUCAACUUUUCUGAACGAGUUGAACACCGACGGGUAUUCGUUGCUACACGCAGCCUUGAGACAUGGCAACAAAGUUGCGGUACAGGUCCUUCUUGACAUGGAAGCAAAUGUAAAAGUGAAAUGUCACGGCAAAUCGGUGUUGCAUCUCUUGUGUGAAGAAACUGAAUUUGACAAAGAUCUCUUUCUCUUAUUUUGUGAGAAGGGUGCAGAUAUCAGUGCAGUUGAUGAAGAUGGACAAACCAUUCUUCAUUAUUUAUGCAUGAAGUCAGGAAGCGACACUACAAUCCAACUGGUGUUAAAAAGAGGCUGUGACGCUACGGUGACAGAUCACAGUAGGAAGACAGCACUACAUUACUUGUGUGCUAAAAGACACAUCGAUAAAGACUUGUUUACAGCACUAAUCCAGCGUGACUGUAAUGUUAACAUGUGUGACAAAUGGGGAAAGAACGUUCUGCACUACUUAUGUGAAAGUUCAGUGUUUGAUCGGGAGAUUUUUCAUAUUGCGUUUAGCCACAGGGUUGAUGUUUCAGCUAUAGAUAUCUUCGGUAACACGCCGCUGCAUUAUGCUGCUGAAACGAGCCAUCCACUCAAGGUCAUUGAUCUUCUCAUACAAAAUGGAUCAAACAUCAACUGUAGAAAUGCGCGUGGAGACACCAUAUCUCUUCGGCUUUGUAAGUUCAAUGUAUUACAAAGAGAUCUGUUGGAGUAUUUGAUUAGACAUGACACUGAUGUAAAUGCUGCAGAUGAGGAUGGAAAGACAAUCAUUAUGAUUCUUGCCGAAAAUGGGAAUCUAAAUGCCGAAAUGCUAGAUUUGUUAAUGAAGGCUGGCUGCGAUGUCAACAAACAAGAUGCACUCGGUAACACACCACUACAUUACUGCUGCAUCAGUGGUGAUGUGAAUGAAACCCUACGCUGCCUGCUGGAGUAUGGUGCAAAUGUAAACCACUCCAAUACUUAUAUGAAGACCCCACUUCAUUAUGCUUUUGAACGCAUGGUUCCUCGGGUCAUUGAACAACUGAUCCACUACGGUGCUGACACAAAUGCUACUGACAAGGAUGGAAUGACACCAUUGCUUUUUCUUUGCGAAAAUACAAGAACAACGAUAGACAUAUUCACGUCGUGUUUGAACGCAUUGUUAGAAGGGAAAUGUGACUUGAACAAAUCCGACAAGGAAGGAAAAACUGCUCUGCAUUAUGUCUGUGAAAGGCAGAAAAACACAGAUAUGGCAUGUGUGUUGAUUCAAGCGGGGGCUAAGGUCAACAUGAGAGAUAACCAUGGUAGUACACCACUGCACUAUAUCUGUGCAUGGGAAGGCGUAAAGGAUUUAUCAGUGAUGGUGAAUAUGCUGAUCAACCAAGGUUCACGCACGAAUAUUUGUGAUGAGUGGAAACGAGUCCCACUUCAUAUUUUGUGUAAAGCAAACGAUAUUGACCAAGAUACUCUUAAGAUCUUGUUAAACAAUGGCGGUACCGUAAAUGCGAGGGAUGUUUUCAAGAAGACUCCACUUCACUACGCUUGUGACCAUACACCUGUCAACAGAGAGGCUAUAAUGUUGUUGAUACAUGGACGUGCUGAUGUGAACAUUGCAGACGGAAACAAGCGAACCCCUCUUCAUGUAUUGUGCAUGCAAAAGCAUAUUGACAAAGAAGCUGUGAAUAUUCUUUUGGAGAAACGCGCCUUUGUUAACACUACAGAUGAACACGGUAAGACAGCUCUUCAUUAUGUAAGUCAAAAUGAGUCGUCAACGAAAGAAAUUGUGUCCCUGAUAUUACAAAACGGUGCUGAUUUAGACAAGACAGAUGGUUUAGGCAUUUCCGUCUCAGAGUACCUUUUGAAACGGACAGAUCUGAAACAAAUUGUACCUUUGGCCAUCUUGAAGAAGAGACCAGCGGUUGAAGACUACAGCUUAAGGUUUCAACAACCAAAUGGGAAACAAGAAGUAUUCGCAGAGAUCGUCAGGACUGGCGCAUUUGACAAAAAAGACAGGCAUGGGAGGACAUUUCUGCAUUACGCUUGUGCUUUGAGCACUGAAGAUGAUGGCAUCAUUGAACAAACAUUGCAACUCGACUGUGACGUCAACCUAAAGGAUCCCGAUAACAUGACAGCAUUACAUAUCAUUUGCAGACGAACUAAUGAGAACGUUCACAAAUACAUAGCACUGUUAUUGCAGAAAGGUGCUAGAGUUGACAUGACUGACAGACAUGGCAAUACCCCACUUCACUAUCUUGGAAUGACCUCAAUCAUAGCUGAACGGAAUGCUACUCACCUGGAACUAUUGUUAAAUAGGGGAUCUGAUGUCAAAAGUGUUGAUGGCAAUGGUAUAAGUUUUGUUCACUAUAUGGCUAUUGCAGGAAUUUGUGAUAAAAUUAAAGUUGCCUUGGAUGAAACAAAAGAUGUUGAUGUUACUGUGAAACAUGAUGUCAGUACAUUCAUCCACAAGGGACAGACAGCACUUCAUUUAGCGUGCAUUUCCUCCAAAGCUGGAGCAGGUGUUGUGAACGAGUUGCUGAAGUCUAAGGCUAAUAUAUGUGCAACUGACAGGAGGGGAAGAACGCCUUUGCACUACGCCUGCCGGUGUCCAUGCGAAAUUGCAUAUGAUGCAACCACAAAUGAACUGACCAGCAAACCUUCUUCAGACAAUCUGGAGCGGAAAAAGGUUGUAGAACUAUUACUUGCCCAGCAUAUGAAGAAGAGGAAAAGGGGCCAGAGGCCGGUUGAUGAGAACAGCACUUCUGACUCUGGUCUUGGAGAAUUUAGUGACAGCUCCAAAACAACAACGAAGAGCACAUGUGUCCCUGUUCCUCCUGCUGUCAAAGAUUAUGUUGCCAUGACAGACGAUAGCGGAAGAUCUGCUUUCCACUAUCUCUGUUCCAGAGCAAACAUAGACAAUGACCUAUUCCAUUAUAUGAUUUCACUGGACCCUACUGUGAUGGAGUCACUAGUCAACAAAAGUGACUACAAUGGCUUAACGGUUCUACAUUCGCUUGUGCUCUCAGGAUCACGCCACGCAGAGAAGAUUAUUAAACAUUUGUAUAUCCAUAAUAAGUGUUCUUCCACAUGCCCAGUGAUUGACGGGCUGACUGACUGCCUUUAGAAAUGUUGCAGCAAUAUCACGGCGGGGGACAUCAGAAAUGGGCUUCACAAUCGGUCUACAGCGUGAUGGGUAAAUGCUUUAAACACCCGGCUACCCCACUGCCUAGUGUUUGAUGGAGAUAGUAUCAGAUGUCUCAACCGAUGUGUGCUUUCAGUUUCCACUGAAGUCUCGAAACUGCCAAGGAUAUUGUGUAAAUAUGACCCAGUAAUUUUGUUUUACGCUCGUCCAGUUUGUCCAAUAUUUUGCUAAUUCCAUUGUUAAUGUCUUUACCUUAACAUUACAGUCAAGUUGUUUCAGUUCCAAUGAAGAAUGUUUCAGUUCGAUAAAUAGGCCACCGACGCAUUAUAUAACAUGUACUGUAUAAGCAAUGUACAUUUCUCGGGGAGGUGCACACUAGUUUUCUAUCUUUUAAAAAUGCAUUGCGCUUUUUAUACCUAAGAAAUUUAUAUUUAGACUAAGCUUGAAAAUUGUGAAUAAUGCGGGGUGCCAGCAGAUCUACUUUUGUAGGAUAUACAAUAUAAUAUUUGGAAAGAAGAUGAUUGUGUAAAUGUGUACAAAAUGAAUAAAUGAAAAAAUCCCAAAAAUCAAUUCCCUGUUUGACCAUAUUGAUAAGAAUACAUAUGUGUAAGUAUAGGAAUAUUUUGCUCAAUGCGUUCUCUCGUCCUGUAAUAGUCCUCAAUUAACAGAACGUAACAGGAUAUCGAUAAUCAUAUCAUUGUACAUAUCAAAAUUGUAGUUAAAUCUGGAUGUCUGUAGUGUCAUUGAAAUCAUAUACUUGAGCGCCUUGUCAAGGAUUAAGUCACAUAAGUCUCUCUUUAACGCGUUCCAUUUGGAAUGUUGUACAAUUUAAAAUUCUGGAGGGAUGGUGGGGAGGCGAUGGCGUUUCUGUAAGAGCAAUGCUGAAACAUUGCCCCCAAAAAUGUCAACAUAUGCAAAACAUGUUACAUAUGAUGUCAUUGAUGUGUCUAGUGAGAACAUCAGGUCUGCUUGACUGGUCUGCCGUUAAUACGUAUUUUUAGUGCCAUUCAACUCUCUGCUUGACCAAUGUUUUCCUGAAUAUUGUACUUCUCGUUGUCAUUUAUGUUGUACAUAGUGUCACACACGUAUCUACAUAAGAAAUAUACCUUGAGUUUUGUAUGUAGAGGCAUUUUUGUCUUCAUUUAGUCUUUAUUUUGUCCAAUUGUCACUUUAUACAAAUUUCAACUGGAACUUAUAUGCAUUGGCUGUCCUGUCUACUUCAAAGAUGUAUCGAAGAUGUUCUAAAGGAAAGAACUUGUGUAUCUGCAUAUCAAAUAUACAGCAACGCACAAAUCUGUACUGUCUGCCUUUUGAACAGGGUGUUUGUAAUAUGUGAUAUAUCUUUGCUUGACCAGUUUGCCCUGGUGGUUAUAUUUAGUGUGAUUUUAACCUUUGAUUGAACACGUUUCCCGGAUUGAUGUAUAUUGUGUAGUAUGUGCCUUUGAUUGACAAGUUUGCCCCGAUCGUUCUAGAUAGUUUGAUUGUAGUCUCUACUUGACCAAUUUAUUUAAAUAAUAUUGUGUUUUGCAUAUGUAAUCACUACUCAGAUAUAUUUGCCAGGGCUGUUCUCAAAUGGGUUUUUACUUAUUCUUUAAAUACAUGUGUCAAAUAUAUUUUAAUGGGUCCAAGUAAGUGUGUAUAUAUUUACUUAGAACAUUUUGUCCAGGAAGUACUGCAAGAUAUGUCUCUUUAUUAUCUGCUUAAAAAAUUAUUCCGUUUUUUCUUGUUUUAAAUAUUUCUUGUUUAUGAUGUCCUUUAAGCGUCAAAUGUGAUCAGCAUGUAGAGUAAACUAACAUAAAUCACUCCAUGAUGUUUUUCGUCCUCAGGGCGUUGUGUUCAUUUAGAAAAGACUUCAGUAUUCAGAGACUUUUAUGGAAUCCUAUUGGGUAUGAAGUCACCUGAGUCUCUUCUUACCCACGUUCCCAAGUUGUUGUAUUUAAAGCACUUAAGAGUCUUCUGUAUAUAACGCCAUAAAGGAUAAUUUUGCAUGAUGUCACAUAAGCGAUAACGGCUUGUUUGCGACAGUUCACAAAAUAUAGUAUAAA